UCUCUGACUUCCCACUGACUUCUCUGACUUCCCACUUCUCUGACUUCCCACUGACUUCUCUGACUUCCCACUGACUUCUUUUGACUUCCCACUGACUUCUUUGACUUCCCACUGACUUCGAGGUAUACGAGUACGCAGUCAUGCACUUUAGCCUGGAAUCCCGGUGCGCUCCAUGUAUCGAGAAGGAUCAGCAGUGCUCUGUGAAAGCUGGAUCGCUAGUGUGCGAACAGUGCUUUCCUUCUACCCAUACUUCCUGCCUAUUCACGAGGCUACGCCCCCAACUCGUACGACUUCCGGAUUUGCAGCCGUCUGAACUGAAACAGUCCGACCAGCAUUUUCGAGUCAAAUGUCCUCGAGGCUGUGAUGGGGGGAGGGAAUUACGUCUCGAUGAUAUGGUUUUACAUUGGCAAAUAACUCAUCUUAAACCCCGGAGUCGUCGAUGCGGAAGUUGUGGUAAAGGAUUCUCUGGUUCUAUGCAGCUACUCAAGCACACCUACAAAGAGAAAAAAUGUCGAACCUCAAGGCCGACCAGGGAAGAGCUCAAUAAACUGCGAGACGACUUCCUAAAAGAGGUUGCGAAGGGAGAAGGUGUUCUUCAAGAACAGGCAUCGCUAGGACAAGGUGAAACCUCCUGUGGAGGGAACGCAGAAUUUCCACAGGAAUGUACGGGUAAUGUACCCGUGUCCCAAAUGUUCCCUCCUGGUAAGUGUAUAUCCAUUCCCAGCCCAAUAAAGACAUUACGUGACUGGUUGUAGCAGAAUAUCACUAUCGCUCAAGUAUAACUGUCGGAACACUUCUGUCUAUGGUAUUGGCAAAGGAUGAGGCAGCGGAAGAACGGUCCUGGUCUCCGGAAAAGUUCUUUCAAUACUCCCUGCAAGGGAACAUGGUCUUCCGCUUGGGAGAAGCGAAUACGGCUACAUUCACGAUCGAGCUGCCCUUCGGACGGGCAUUUGACAAUUUAGAUGUGUCGUCACCAAGUACUAUCCAGCAAUUCAUUGCAGCCACGCACCCUCAAUCAUAGUUCACAUUUAUGGCUUUUGCUCGAGCACUAAGCCUCCAGUCUCAGGUGCUGUCAAGUUUAAGUCUAUUAGAGGAUGAUCAUCGAGCCGCUCUAUAGCCCGCACAGUAUAUUCUCCAUUCAGCUUGACUCCUAAAGUGAGAAAAAAAUAGCUCCUCCCC